AUGUCGAACCCUAACACCCAGACGUACUCUUGGCCGAGCAAGGUAGUCGAGUCUGAGUUCCCACUCAUCGACAACGACCCACACUUCACGCGCGUGAUCCGAUAUGCCCGGACAUCAGAUUACGUCCACGGGGCCACAGCCGCUGCGGCUGGCCCCGGUGCGCUCUGGCUGAUGGAGAGAUUCGCCCCGUCGCAGGCUGGCAAGGGAGGUUUUGCUAAAGCUAUGCGGUUGACGGGCUUCCUCGGCUUGGCCGGCGGUUUCCUCUACUAUUAUCAGCGCUCUAUCCUCCGCUUCUACGGCAUGAGCGAGAACGCCCGCGAGAUCGAGAUGGACAUGCGCGAGAUGGUCGACAAAGUCAAGGCCGGCGAGCCGCUGUACGGCGUGAGCAAGCUGUCCCCUGCAAUGCAGGGUGUGGCUGCCCGCCAGUCACGUUACUCCGCGCUCUUUUUCGGCGUCCUCCCCUGGUUCAACUUCGUGAACCACAACCAACACGGUGUCGACACGGCCAAGUACUAUCAGCAGGCGGAGAGGGAAUUGGAGGCUGAGCGUCUCGGCAAGACUUCGUCAUGA